AUGAAUACAAUGGAGAACUUGGAGAAGCAGCUGGUUUGUCCCAUAUGUCUGGAAAUGUUUACCAAACCUGUGGUCAUCCUUCCCUGCCAGCAUAACCUCUGCAGGAAAUGUGCCAAUGACAUUUUUCAGGCUUCAAAUCCAUACCUGUCGACAAGAAGCAGCACCCUGACGUCUGGUGGUCGCUUCAAAUGUCCCUCGUGCAGACACGAGGUGGUUCUGGACAGACAUGGCGUGUACGGCUUACAAAGGAACCUGUUGGUGGAGAACAUCAUCGAUAUGUUCAAGCAGGAGUCAAGCAGCAGCAAGCCAGCGCCAGCCAGAAAGGAAGAAACGCCCAUGUGUGACGUCCACCAGGAGGAAAAGAUCAAUAUUUACUGCGUCACCCACGGCGUGCCCACAUGCUCCAUGUGUAAGGUUUUUGGAGACCACAAAGACUGUCAAGUGGAACCUCUGAGCAGCAUUUACCAGACAAAGAAGACAGAGCUGAGUGACGGGAUAGCCAUGAUGGUCGGUCACAACGACAGGAUGCAAGGCAUCAUCAGUCAGCUAGAGGAAACCUGUCGCGCCAUAGAGGAGAAUGGCCGGAGGCAGAAGACCUUGGUCUGUGAGAAGUUCGAUCAGUUGUACACCAUCCUGGAGGAGAAGAAGAGGGACAUGAGUCAAAAGGUAACGGCCGAACAGGAAGAGAAGCUGAACUACAUCCGAGGACUGAGCAGGAAGUACGGAGACCACCUGGAGGAGAGUUGUAAAAUUGUGGAGAUGGGAAUUCAGACUCUGGAAGAGCCAGAAAUGGCUUCAUUCCUGCAGAACACAAAGCCUCUCCUCAAGAAAAUUACAGAGGCCUCCAGCACAGCACACUUAGAUAAAGUGGAACGUGGCUACGAGAACAUGGAUCACUACAACGUGAACUUCAAGAGAGAAGGCAAGGCCCUGCGCAGCAUCGACUUCAUCGCUGACGACGAAGACGAAGACGACGAGGAAGAGGACGGAGAUGAAGGCACCGAGGAUGGAGAGGGGACCCACCUUGGGUCAGAGGGCAGCGCCGGCACGGCCGCCUCUCUCGCUGCCUGUUCGACCUCACAGCAGAUAAACUCCACCCCCAGCACAGAGAAGAGCUCUGCCUCGACCUAGCUGCCGGCUCAAACAACACCCUAUCCUGGAGAAAGGGGGGAGACAGGGGGAUGUUAGGACAGUUUUGAAUGGUUUCCCUCAGAUUGGAGAAGAGUGAAAUAUAUUUAGAUCUGUGCCGGAGGGGAAAGAAGAAGUUGCGGAGGCGUGGGGUCGGCUUCUGUCCAAUUCUUUAUCUGUUGAUGUGAUUGUUUGUGUCCUUUUCACACGGACUGGUGUCUUUUUUUUUUUUUUGUUUUUGUUUUUACAGAGAUAUAUUUUGCUUGUGUUUUGUUGUUGUUGUUUUUUUUAACCAGAAAUUGCUACUGGUCACGCCCAGAUUUUUAAAAGUGACAAUACUUUUUUUUUUAAAUGUCCCUGACCUUUUCCAACUCCUGGCUCAAACUACAUCAUUAGAACAGAGCAGCACAAGGGCCUCAGGUUUUCCACCCCGUCGUAUACAUUUAUGACUAAUCCCAUAUAUCUACAUGAUUAUAUCAGUAAAAAAUCUAUCGUUGUGACAUUUCCAUUUUUUCAUAACACUGAAUGGCCUCAUGUACCUGUGGCAGUACAUGCAAAUAUAUUUUCCUACUAUGGACACUGGAUGGGUUUUGCAUUGUUACUGUAUUAUAUAUAACGUGUCAUUAAAAAGUGCACUGUAUAAGGAGGCCAUAGUUUUUUUUCACAAAAAUGUAGCCUUUCGGCGGAAAUCCGAAUGACGUUCAUCUCCUUUUUGUUCGUUUGCAUAACAUUUUGCUACAGCUAGCAUAGAGAAGAAGACAAAAAGAAGUCUUCUUCUCCAUAUAUUAAAAGAACUGACUAAUGAAUUAGUGCCACCAUGUGGUCAAAGUUGCAUUGUAUCUGAGCUUCGGGGUAUCUCCGGUGUCUUUAGUUGAUAACCUAUGCAGUGCAAAACAGCAAGUUUCUGUAGCCCUCCAGGUGGCGAUGGUUUUAAAACACUGGUUUAGCAAAGUUUUUUUUUGUUGGUGAGAUGGAGGCUGGAGGACGAGCCACUGUGGCGAUCUCUGAAGGGAACAGGCCACAGAUGAAGAGGAAGAUUCAGAGGUUGUGUGUAGUCAGUAAAGGUGAUGUUUUUCUUUUUGUUCAGUUUCUUAGAUUUUUACACCUCUCAAUGGAAACCCAACAAGAAAAGCACCUUUAUUAGUAAAUCUUUAAGAUGUUUAAAAAAAAUUUGAUCCCUCUGUCCUAAACCUCCAGGUCAGUGUUCCUGCCCAGCACUUCCUGUUCAAAGCAGCUGAUGUUGCUGUUGUUGUGAUGAUGCCUGGAGCCCGUGGACAUUUACUGCUGUCUCAUGACAGUCUCACCUCUGACUCCUCAGCAGACCUGCCCCAAAGUUCAAAUCGAACUUUUGUAGUUCCUCACUCGCUGACUUCCAGUCUACAAAUGCUCAGUGUGGCGCUCGGCUUGAAGUUUUUAAGUGGGCCAAACAGAGUGGGAUGACUCACAUGCAGCCACGGCUCUUGUUUAGUUCACCCCGACGACUCGGGUCAAGGAUCAAAACAGCUCGGACGGACGCACUGACACACACACAGUUCUUUCACGCUCAUCAGUUAUUAGUGAAGCAUCUUUGAGAUGUCUGGAGGUGACGACUGUUAUUAUGGAUGUAAAGGAGGAAAAGUAAUGUUUAUUUUAUUUUUAUUUCUUGUGUUUGAUGUCUUAUGAGUGACAGAAUAUAUUCUUAACACACCUAGCGAUAGAACCACAUCA